GCCGAUAGUGAGGCUUGCUCUGCACACUGGCCGUCAUGGGAGUGAGUAGCUGGGAAAACGGGCUGUGAGGGUAGCCGUGCAGUAGUAGCUCGUCUUCUCCGGUGCGUUGUUCACGGAAGAGGAAGUGGCUUGGUCAUCCGAGAGGGGCGGGUAGCGGCGACAAGACAACAAGGAAAGAAAAUGACGAUCGCUGAUGAUCCAAUGGAGACGGGGGAGGAUAUCCCUCUUCCGGCGGUGCCGGGGGAGAGGAUUUUUUUUGGCAGCCUGGAAAUACAAGAGAGGAAGCGGCUCGAACGAGUGAAAAUGGCGGGAAGAGAGGAAGAAGGCGGCAAAGAAGGUGUGGAGUGCGACGAGGAAGAAGACGGGGAGGAGGAUGGAGAUAUGGAAGUGUUCGGCAACGACGACUCGCUGAAGAAGUCCAUGAAGGGCGACGACACGGCAGCGGACGAGCCUAUGGAGAUGAUGGAGCUCUCAGAAGAGGGUCGAGCAGCCAAGGAGAGACAAGAGAAACUACUGCGGGAAUUUGAGAUCAAGAGACGAGCUCGAGCCUUGGCUGUGCCGACAAACGACAAUGCGGUCCGACAACGGUUGAGAGCGCUCGGGGAACCGAUGACAUUGUUCGGGGAGAGGGAGAUGGAACGGCGAGACAGACUGAGGCAGUUGAUGGCAAGGCUUGACGCACAGGGGGAGUUGGAAAAGUUGUUGAGGGCUCAGGAAGGUGCGGAGGAGGACAAGGAAGAGGUGGAAGAUGAAGAAGCACCAAAGGCUGAGCUGUUUUUCACGGAGGGCAGUGCCGAGCUGCGGAGAGCUCGAGGCAACAUCGCGGAGUUCUCGCUCCGCCGUGCAGCUGCGAGGAUAGCUCGAAGCAUGCGCCGACAGGAAGACCCCGACGAGGAUAUAGAUAAAGAAAUUGAUGCAGUUUUGGAGGAGAUGUCCUACACAACCAACCUCUGCAGCGAGAUUGGUGACGACAGGCCAGUGUCUGGAUGCGCGUUUUCUCCCGAUGGAUCGAUGCUAGCCACGUGCGGAUGGACGGGAGUCGCGAAGCUCUGGAGCGUGCCAGGUAUCGAGAAGAAGUGCGUCUUCCGAGGCCACACGGAACGGGUGACGUCGGUGGUCUUCCACCCAGAGUCGGGGCGCAAUCUAGACACCAAGGGGGGAAACAUUGCGACGGCGAGUGCAGACCAUACAGCCAGAUUGUGGAAUCUUGAAGGAGCAGAGGUGCAAUGCUUCAAAGGGCAUAUUGAUCGACUUGCAAAGCUCGCUUUCCAUCCAUCGGGACUCUACCUUGGGACAGCUGGUUUCGACAAGACGUGGAGGCUGUGGGACGUGAACAGAGGGGUCGAAUUGCUGCUUCAGGAAGGACACAGUCGCAGCGUCUACAGUAUCUCAUUCCAAGUGGAUGGCUCCUUGGUAGCGACAGGCGGCCUCGAUGCGCUGGGUAGAGUUUGGGAUCUGCGGACCGGGAGGAGUAUUCUCGCACUCGAAGGGCACGUCAAACCGGUUCUCGCUGUCGAAUUCUCGCCGAAUGGGUACCAUUUGGCAACUGGUGGAGAGGAUCACACGUGUCGGAUAUGGGACAUACGGAAGAAGCAGUCGCUGUACAUCAUCCCCGCGCAUUCAUCGCUUGUAUCCCAGAUUAAGUACGAGCCUCGCGAAGGCUAUUUUCUCGUUACGGCGUCCUACGACAACACUGCGAGGAUAUGGUCGGCACGCGAUUUCAGGCCGAUCAAGACUCUUGCAGCGCACGAGGGCAAAAUAAUGGGCGUCGAUGUUGUUGCAGAUGGCCAGUAUAUAUCCACAGUGUCCUUUGAUCGAACGAUCAAGCUAUGGGCACCAGAAAAGCCGCCCGAAGCAGAGAGAGAGGACGACGAUAUGUUGUUCUUCUGAGAGGUGUAGCAGUGGCAGGGCAGACGCCCUGGGAGUGGAAACAGAGCGCAUCUGAUUGCAGGUGGAGCCUGCUUGUCGCAGGGCCAUCUCCACAGCAGAAUGGUGUCAAGGGUGAGAGCAUGAAUGAUGUGAAUCGACUCGCUUGCUGCACGUGCGAUCACCACUCCGCCAUGCGGAACGUCCAGAUGCAAGUGCAGGUGAUCGAGUAUCUGUAAAGUCGUAGACAGAUGACUGUACAUCCGAUUAGAGUCGUAGACUUCUCAACAACAACAACAAAAAGAGGGAGUCGUCGUAGAGUUUUCCCUGCUGUCGCCGCUGGCGUUAAUCAUUGUGGUGAACCCAGAUUGUGAAGGAUGCGCCUGCAAACCCAAGAUUGUGCGAGCUCUUGGGGGCAAAGAGUAUGUGUUGCAGAGGGUUGUGGGCCAGGUGCAGCCAAAGCUGCAUGGGUCUCAUGUGUGGUUAGCGACGGCAGAGGGGGGCUCUGCACAGGCACAGCUAG